AUGCAGGAGGAGCAAAUUGUUGUAGACCCCGACUUUGACUCGGCUCUUGAAGUGCCUCUCGAGGAACCUUCGACGUCUUCACUUCGAUCUAGCCUUCUUCAAUUUGCGCAAGAGAAUGGACGCACCUAUCACAAACUUAGUGAAGGGAAAUAUGUCUACCCAAAUGACGAUGACGAGGCCGAGAACGACAGGCUAGACCUGCAGGAUAAUCUGUACCUCAUCACCCUUGAUGGUAAAAGAGCUCUGAACCCAGGAGCCGGAACAGCCAAGCGAGUUCUGGAUAUGGGCACUGGUACUGGUCUCUGGGCUUUGGAGUUUGCUGAUGAGCACCCCGCCGCGGAGAUAAUCGGUGUAGACCUGAGCCCUAUUCAACCUGCCUUCGUACCCCCAAACUGUACCUUCGAAAUCGAUGAUCUCGAGAAAGACUGGACGUGGAAAACGCCCUUUGACUUCGUUUUUUCUCGCAUGAUGACGGGUAGCUUCAGCGAUCCCGAAGCGAUGGCCAAAAAGGUAUAUGAAAAUCUGAGCCCAGGUGGUUGGUAUGAGAUUCAAGACAUCCAAAUCCCCGUAUUCUGCGAUGAUGAUACCCUCGACCCGAAGACCUCCCCAGUCAUGAAGUGGCAAGCCGGCCUCAUCGAGGGAUCCAAGAAGCUCGGUCGGCCUCUUGGGGAGUCUGACAAGUACAAGACUAUAGUGGAAAAGGCCGGUUUCCAAAACGUUGUCGAGACAAUCUACAGGUGGCCCACCAACAGCUGGCCCAAGGAUCCUAAGCUCAAGGAGCUUGGCAAAUGGAACCUUGUCAAUUUCGAUAUUGGGCUAGAGGGCGUGAGCCUGGCGUUGUUCACUAGGGUUCUAGGCUGGUCGAAAGACGAGGUUUUGGCUUUGUGUACGGACGUGAGGAAGGAAAUGAGAAACCCCAAAGUGCAUGGAUAUUGGAAGAUUUAUGUUGUUUACGGUCAGAAGCCUCAGACGGAGUAG